UCGUCAUCAUUCUUAUUUUCUUCCUUUAUUAUAUAACGUAUAUGCACAAGUAUCACUGUGCUUCUCUCAUAUUUUCUCUAAAAACAUCAUCUAGUUUUUAGACUCUCAUGGACACCAUAGAGGCCUCAAAAUUCACUGCUCAGCCUCAAAACCCUAAUGAAAAUGGAGAGAGAAAAAACAGUACAAACAGAAGGGAUAUUGAAAGUAAUGGAAAAAGAUUUCUUGGGGUGAGACAAAGGCCUUCCGGGAGAUGGGUUGCCGAAAUCAAGGACUCUUCACAGAAGCUGCGGCUGUGGCUGGGGACUUUCGAUAGGGCGGAGGAGGCCGCCCUGGCUUACGACAGCGCCGCAAGGAUCUUGAGAGGAAGAAAUACCAAGACCAACUUUGCAUAUCGUGGAUUAGUGAAUAAUCGCCAAGAAUAUUGCAGACUAGUGUUUAAAAAUCCCCGGCUUUGUCAUCUUCUUCAGCUUGCAGCCAUGAAGAACCAUGCAAAUUCAUCAUCAACAUCAUCAUUCGUGAGCAACCGCAUGAUUGAUCAAAACUUCGAUACACUCGUUGAAGAAACAUUAUCUUGUUCUUCAGCUCCAUCAGAUUAUCAGCUUUCUGGGCUGUCUUUUGGAAACUCUAAAGUUUAUUCUUCUGUAAUUGUGGCUCCUUCCUUUAGUUCCAGUUCUCUCUAUCAAUCAGGAGAGGAAGAAAAGUAGAUUAAUUCUUCCUCUGCCGAAUUAAAUCCAGAUAUAUUAUAAGAGAUAUCUUCUCUACAAAAAUGCUUUCAAGAUUACAAUUGUCUAUGCACACUGUAACAAAUUUUCAAUUUUCGUAGGAAACAUUUCAUUUUAAUGGAAUAAAUAUAAUUAAAUAU